ACUAUAUUUGCUGAUGUCAUAUCUGCAUAUGGUGGGAGCAGUUUAACACCACAAAACCUCUGACUCACAUCAUCAUAUGAACCUGAACGAAGCAAGUAAGGAACCUUUUAUCCUUUUCAAAAUGGAGUCUAAUUUAUUCUGUUGCUUCACCAUUAUCAUCACAAGCUACAUAACAGGUGUUGCCUCUCAGACCCUGAUACCAUCUGCAAAUCCUCUGGUUGUUGGAGGAAAUGUCACUCUUACUCUAAAUCCUCUGAUGAACAUCAGUGCUGGCAAUUGGUUAUUUGAUGGGAACAUCCUGAUGUUAUGGUACCCAGAUCAAUUUAUAGUGAGUGACAGUUACAAAGAGCGAAUAUCUUUCAACUCCUCCACAAGACAGAUCACUCUGUAUUCAGCACAAGUGAGUGAUUCUGGACUGUAUGUACUGCAAGGCCUGAAACCAAAUGUAAAAGCAGAACUUAUACUGUCUGUUCAAGUGCCAAUCACAAAUGUAUCUCUGACAGUAAGUAAGACACAACUGGUGGAGUUUAAUGCCACUGUUGUGUUCACCUGUACUGCCAAUGGCACACCAUUAGAAUUCACAUGGUAUAAUGACAGCUCUGAGGUCACAGCAGCUAAUGUUCAAAUCUAUACUAAUGGAAGUGGUCUCAUUAUUAGCAAUGUAACAAGAUAUGACAGUGGACCUUUUCGCUGUUUCGUGGCAAAUGGCAUCAGCAAUGGAACAAGCAGGUCAAUUUCCCUCGAUGUCAACUAUGGUCCCAGCAACCUGACACUGACAGUUCUGCCAAACAAGAUGAACUACAUUUCAGGAUCAAACAUCACUUUGUCCUGUUCUGGUGAAUCCAAACCUUCAGCAUUAUUCCAAUGGUCCUACAAUAGUGUUUCUCUUAAUAUAAACAGCCCAACCUUCAAGCUUACCAAUGCUACUCGUAACCAGACAGGAAUUUAUGCCUGCAUUGCACAAAACACAGUGACUCUCAGAUAUGCAUCCAUCACCAGAACCAUCAUCAUCAUUGACCCACUAUCUGCAGGUCUGGUAGUGCCUGUUGGUGAGCCACCAAUAUUAAACAAUUCAUUUGCACUGACCUGUGGCAUCACUGGACAGUUGGACUCUGUUUAUUGGAUAAAGGACGGCAUUCACCUGGUUCCUGACAGCAGGCUUUCUCUCUCCAACCAAAAUAAGACACUCACGUUUAAUAAUCUCAUCCUCUCCGAUAAUGGAAGAUAUCAGUGUGUAGCAAAUAAUGCUGUAAGCAAUGUGACCAGCAUGGCCUAUCAUCUAACUAUUAAUUAUGGUCCCUGGUCCACUAGGAUUUAUGGCCCAGCCAUAGCUGAAGUAGGUUCUAAUGUGACACUAAAUUGCUCUGCUUCCUCUCAACCUGCCAGUCAAUACAGCUGGUUUUUCCAAGGUUCUAAAGUGGCAGAGGGCUCUGUGUAUCAGGCUUACUCUCUUUCACUAAACAGCAGUGGACAAUACACUUGCCUGGCCCACAAUAACAUCACAGGAGGAAACAGCAGCGCUACAUGGAACUUAACUGUCAUUGUGGGUAUUUCCUCAGUGGUGGUGACUCCCAGUACUCUCAUCCCUCUGGUCUCAAAGGAUAUGCAGCUCUUCUGUAACGUAACUGGCUCCUUUGACAGCAUCCAGUGGCUAAAAGACAACCAGCCUCUUAAUACAACAGCUGCAAAAUCCAUUUAUAUGAAUGACAGCACCAUAGAUUUCCACCCUCUGCAGAUCACUGACGAUGGAUUGUAUAAGUGUGUUGCCACAGAUGCUUUUCGACCACAUGUUAGCCUGCCGUAUAGUCUAUUAGUUAAUUAUGGGCCAUUGGACGUGACUAUAACAGCUGAUAUCAAGGUUGCCACUAUCUUAUUGUGCAAUGCAAAGUCUCAGCCACCAAGUGUUUACAACUGGUUCCUCAACAACACUGUCCUUAAAGAGGAUGCUGUUUUAAUUUUACCUCUUAUGCCUCCUCUGGGUUAUAACUACACAUGUGUGGCCACAAACCCUCUGACCAAUGACACACUGUCUGCCUCCUACAUUAUUUCAGAACGCAAUGCAGCGGCCCCAUUCCAGACUAGCAUGUUGCUGACUGCUUUGUGUGCGCUAGUUCUUCCUGUAUUAAUGUUAAUGAAGCCCUUCUGAGCUGCUAAUUAAAGCCUGCUACCUGAGUCUAUCAUUUUAAUUUUGUAUUACUUUUUUUUUUCCUGAAUCAUCAUAAUAUUACGAAUAUUGAACUUUGAAUUCUUUAACAAGUCACAUGUUCUCUUUAGUCAAGCAGUGAGCUUGCAAGAUAAAUGGAUGCCAAGGGGUGUGAUGGUUGUUUUGUUACAGGCACAAAUAACAAAAGACAACCAGAUGACUAAGGGCUGUUCUUACUGACACCACAUACCAAAAUGACAAGUCUUUGCCAAUUCAUGUCUCGGUUUAUUGCAACACCAAUCAACCGUCAACCAUGCCUUGUUAUUACCUGUGUCAGUGGUGCACAUUAAUUUUGACAGGACGGGGGAAAAAACAGUUGUCAGAAAGAUCAGUGCUUACACAACUUCUUAUUUUCAUUAUUUCCUGCCAUUUUUGCACAGAUUAUACUAACACUAAUUUUUAGACUUGUCCCUUACAUUUGAUAGACAAAUAAUUAAACCAUUGCCAUGUUCUUCUUCAACCCUUUAAAAUUCCUCAUUAUGUACUACUCAUACUAAUACUUUAUUUAUUGCUACCUUUUAACAAAUAUGAAUCUAAUAUGAAUAUGAAUCAAAUAUGAAUAUGAACACUUUCAAUAAAAAAGUUUUUUGGUGCAUCGAAGAUAAUACCCAGAGAAUAAACGAUACUUAUUUAUAAGUUUUAAUGAGAUUUGAUUGGAUUACAUAAAACACAGCUAAUGUAUAAUUUCAUUAAAGAAAUGUCAACAGAAAGCACUUGUAUCUAUAUUCUACAAUCUGUAUACUUGUAUAUAUAUACUAUACAAUCUGUGGAAAUAAAUGAUUCAUGGUA